AUGGAUGAAAUGAUCCAUUUAAUUCCUAUUCUCCUCAUCUUCAUCAUCGCAUACUCCAAACUUCUCAAUAAAUUCUAUUCCAGAAAAUUGGUCCAUUUGGGCUGUGGAUUAGUCUUGGCGAAGGUGAACGUGCCUUCAGUGCCUCUAAAAUACAUCAUCCAGCUAAUCGCAAUUUUGUCAAUAAUUUCAUGUUUUAUCUUCCCGUUUCCGUUCUCCAGGAAGUUUGAUUUCGGUAUUAUCACGUAUAAUCUCACCGUUCUGGUGUUUAUUUGGCUCAAUAUUCCUCUCAGAAUUUUAUUGCCCAUGUUCGUCGUCGAUCCCAUGGCAUCCAUCGUCGGCACUAACCUCAAAAGCCCUAUCUGGAUACACACCAAAACCUGA